AUGUCCUCUGCCCAUAGUCAGAUACAGAAAAUUAAUGACCUAAUCACACUGCAACUGAAGGACCCCCUUGGACCCAGCUUCCACGACUCAUAUAAGGACAGCUGCUACAUCUUUGUUGGCGGUCUUGAUAUUCGUAUGACGGAAGGAGAUGUUAUGAUUGUGUUUUCCCAGUGGGGUGAAAUAGUAGAUAUCAACUUGAUCCGCGACCGCGAGACUGGGGAGCCCAAAGGUUUCGGAUUUCUGGCGUAUGAGGACCAGCGGUCGACAGUGCUCGCUGUCGACAAUGGUAACGGGAUGCGUUUGCUAAACCGUACCCUGAAAGUGGACCAUGUGAGGAACUACGCCGUGUUUCUCAAGGGAGAAGGCGCUGAGCAGGAAGCCCGCACCAGGGAACAAUCUUCGCCUGAAAACGAGCUAAAAAACGAGGUCAAAAACGAGGUCAAAGAAGAACGAGGUCAAGAGCUCAGGGACAAGGAGUCGGUGCAGCGCGGCCAUCGCGCGAUCGCUAACCAACAUAGUUAUUGA